UGGCACUAAAACGACGGGGGCCCAUAAGGAGAAACACUGAAAAUAGACCGCCCAUCCGUUGUACUUAGGUCUUACAUGUGUGUACUCUCUUUCAGGCUGACAUACAAAAAAUGCUCCAGUUAUUUGACGGUAAUAUGCCUUCGUAAAAGGAAACUUUUAAAAUAAUUCCCCUUAGAGAUAUCGAGAGGAUGCAAGGCCAUUCGGUCUAACAAUUUUAAUAAUAAACAAAUACACUCGCGUGUAUUUAUUUCUGCGGCGCACUUGUCACAUGUAUUUACUGAUUCAGCAAAAAAAUUUCACAGUUCAGAUCAUAAUGUAGACUUUCGAACGGUGCCUUGCAAGUGACUGUUGGAAACCUUUUGAAUGGGAAUACCUAGAACACAUUGAUGUUAAUAUUUUUCUGCUUCAAACCAGUGCUUCUUCAUAGUCUUUUAGCCCACCAGCAUAAUGAUGUUCUUCAAAGGAGAAAUAAGAACCGUUUUCUGACAAAGCUCGUGCUUGAUUAAAUGAAUUGUACAGUUCAUCAUCAGCGGUAAUAACAACGACGUAAAAUAGAAAAAUGAGAAUGUUCGACAUGUUCUUUUAUGCUAUGCUUUGGGCAUUGCUCCACUAUGGAACGGAAAUAUUGUGUGUGGAUGUUCGAGCUAAAUUGGAUUUCCGCGAGGAAAGUCAGUUGUUUGCAGAGAUGAAGUCGGAAUUUGCCGUCCAAGGUCCCUGCUGGGUCUAUGCUGUCGAGCGUUUCGAGGAAAAGCGGAAGGAACCGGAAAGUCAGGAACGACUUGCCUUCGACUUCACUAACUGUUUCAUUGAGGGCGCCGGUGUGGAGGGUUACUUCUGUAAGGAGUCGCAAGAAUUAAUUACCUGCGAGGAUUUCGUUCGAAUGCAGGCCGGUCCACAUAGACACGUAUAUUCUGUGCACUUUCUCCAAAGCCAACUGUUGUUGGCUUAUCUUAAAGAACUUGCCCAUCAGCGUCAAACAUCCCGACAACUUGAAAGUAGCUCGAAGAACACUCGUUUAUUAUCUAGCAAGCUAGCGACCACGUCCGACCUUCUACUCGACAGCCUUAAGACAGAAGGUGAGAUAGCAGAACUAAAACGCCUGGCAGUGAAGAGUCAUGCUGAACUACGCGAAAACCUCCAAGGGGCAGAAAGAGUGUUUGCCGAUUUAGUUGACCUAGUCACGCAAUACAAAAUUAUAGGGGUCACUACUGUAGGAAUGAUGCUUUACGUGGCGAACUUCGUUAUUGGUCGCGUUUUUUGAUAUACAUCUGUGUGG